CAAGAAGAUCGCACCAAAAGAGUAAACUUUCUUCAACCAGUAAUUUACGUUAAACCAGACACGGACAACUGUACCGUUCGCUAGUAACUGUUGUCCAAUAAUGCGCUAAGUGCGCUUAGGUAAAGUGCGUUGGUUUAAUAUUUCGCAAAAUAAUUUUAAUAUGUGACUUUAGUGUUUUGUGAUUUUAUAUUUUUUCUAAUAAAAUGGCUAAUGUAGUGUGCAGAACUGCUCCCAAUAAAAGGAAAUCCAAAAACCAAAGGGCUAAAUUAAGCGCUAAUACGCAGAUGGACAAUGACGUCACGCCGGUGUACUUAGCAGCACAGGAAGGACACUUGGAGGUCCUUAAGUUCCUGGUUUUGGAAGCAGGUGGCUCCCUAUACGUCAGAGCGAAAGACGGGAUGGCUCCAAUACAUGCCGCUAGUCAAAUGGGCUGUCUUAACUGCGUUAAAUGGAUGAUUCAAGACCAGGGUGUAGAUCCAAACCUUAGAGACGGCGAUGGGGCCACACCUUUGCACUUCGCCUCGUCCAGAGGACAUUUGGACACAGUAAAAUGGCUUUUGAAACAUGGCGCCAGAUUAUCACUGGAUAAAUUUGGUAAAAGCCCCAUUAAUGAUGCUGCAGAGAAUCAACAAGUAGAGUGUCUAAAUUUAUUGGUUCAACACGGAACAACUCCAGACUACAAGAAUUCUGACAGCGUCAGCAAAAGAUCUUGCUCUUGUUCUAGAAAAGGAAGCCGUGUCAAAAGGGGUGACAGCAUCACUAGUGAUUGCUCUUCAUGUAAACCUUCAAAAACACCAUCAAUAGCAAAUUCUGAACCAUUCUAUCUGCACCCACGUUUAGAACCAAGAUCAAUGGAGGCUCCGCAUGCCCCUGAAAAUGGGCUCUAUAUAAAUCCCAUGAAUACCCACAGACACAGUAUUUCCAGUGGGUCUGAAAGUAGUGGAAGUACAAACGGCGAAUCUUUUUAUUUACAUAACCCACAAGAAGUUAUCUAUAAUCGAGUGAAAGAUUUGUUUGAGUCCAAUUCGCAAAAACCUAAUGGUCUCUCAGCCCUAACAGUUAAAGUUGAAGUACACUCCAGCAGUUCUGGAGCAGGGUCUGACGAGAAUCUUUCAUCCUCUGAUUUAUCAGAGAGAUCAGGGGACCAUGAUCACGACUAUGAAGAUAUUUACUUAGUAAGAGAGGAAAAUAACAAAAAGAACGCUGUGGCCGAUAGAAAUAACAAUUCACUAAAUGGAUCUAAUGUAAGGUCAAGGUCUAGAGACUCUGGCUCUCAUAGUAGGUCAGGUUCUUCCAGCUCGAGCAAUUCAAAUUGCAAUGUUAUCGUAAAAUUAACCCAACAAAAUGGAAAAGACAAUAAAAAUAACACCUACAAAUCCAAUGAGUUUUUGCCAAAACCUCAAAAAUAUGAGAAAUUUGAAAAGAAAAAAGAGUAUACUCAGGACUCAAAUAUAUCAACAUCCCCAUCUCUCCUAAGCUCAGAAGACGAACACGAAAAAAACAAACUGACAGUUUUACAUUCCGCCCCGAAAAAAAUACCGAAUCCCCCCAAAAUGGAACCACCAAACAACAACAACAACAGACUUUUAAAACGCGUGACGUCAGUUCCUGCCAACUUGAACCCGCCGCCCCCACCACCUCCGCCACCACUGGCAACAAUGCCUAGAUACCCUGAAGAUGACGAGCCCAGAGGCGCUGAAAUCGUUGAGGUGGUCGAGGAGCCAACUUUGAAGCCUUCCGAUAUUGUCAAAGGGAUGUGCAGGAGCAUGUCUGCAUUAACUUCCAAAAGGUUGAACUCUUCGUGCUCAGAUCUGACCAUAAUCAGCAUCGACAGUAAUAGUGUGGAUGAAAGUGACAAACAUUCCCCCAAUUUGGUGAACAAACAACGCGUUCUACCCUUCAUACCUCCAAACUUCAAGGGGAACACAAACUCGGUUAACUUGAUCAAACCAUCGGAGUACCUUAAAAGCAUUAGUGUAGCGGAUAGAUCGUCGACGAGAAGAAAUUCGGAAAGCGAAGCUAGCAGCAUGGUGUGCAACAGCACGGAAAUUAAAGUAUUCUGCCCACCGCCGCCUCCGCUACCUGUUAACCUGAACAACACCGAUGACGACAACAACAACAAUGAACAACAAAAGCCGUCAGAAGCAUCCCCAACCACCAAAAAGCAACUACAACCGCUGUCUUCUAUAAGCAUCCAAGACCUGAACUCAGUCCAACUGAGAAAGACCAGCGGCGAAAAACUCUUGACCAAAACUCUUUCAGCCCCCACGAGGUCGAUGAGUCUGCAAUGUCUGCAAACAGCAAUGGAACCCUUUAUAGCACAAAAAACGGAUUUAAUAGCUGAACUGAAACUCUCCAAAGACAUAACCGGAAUCAAAAAAAUGAAAAUUGAAAGAGCAAAAUCGGAAAUCAGCAAGGAAAAAGAAAUAUAUACGGAAAUUAGCAGGCAAUUCACCACAACAAAGUUCGUGGAAAAGAUUCCUGACAAAGAUAACACGGGAAACAUAAUUCCGGCUUGGAAACGUCAAAUGUUGGCCAAAAAAGCAGCUGAAAAAGCUAGAAAAGAAUUGGAAGAACAGCUCCAGAGGGAAGCUGAAGAAAAAAGGUUACAGGCUAUACCUCAAUGGAAAAGGCAAUUGAUAGCCAAGAAGGAGGAAACAGAACAAAAAAUCAGAUCAACAAUAUACACCCCAAAACUAAUUGAUGACCCAAAGUUGACCAAGGUGAUGGAUAGCAGCAAAAUUAUUGAUAAUAUGGACGAUAACAAUAACAAUUCAUACAUGGAAAAUAACAACCAUAAUAACACAAUGGAAGAUGAUUUAGGAGAUAAUGAUUAUUCUUCAUCAUCAGAAGAAGAAGAGGAGGAAGAAAAAUCCAAUAUUAUCCCCUGGAGAGCACAAUUAAGAAAAACUGAUAGCAAACUAAACCUGCUAGAGUAAUAUGAAUAGAUAAUACAGGGUGUUUUAUAAAAACAUCUGUAAUACAUUUCAGGAGUAGAAAUUUAAUAGUAACAACCUGUAUCACCCUGUAUAAUAUCGAAAGUGGAUAACAUAAUUAUGUAAAAAUGUAUAUUGUUCCAUGUUAUUUAUUUACAGUAUGUAUGAAGCGUGUUAGGUUAUUUUUAUUUAGAAAGUUAGCUUUAAAAAAAUGUACACCUUUGUCAAAUUCGUGUCAAUUAAAGUAAACUAAUUGCAUCUUAUAAAUAUUCAAGAUAACAAUAUGAAAAUUGACGCAGUAAAUAUGGGUGUUAAAUUUAAAAAUUAUUAAGUCAUUUAUUGUGAUUAUUAUACUUAUAAAUAUAAUUUUACUAUAUUGCUUUAACCUUAAAUAGAUAAUUAUUGUUAGUAAACUUAUAGCCUUAUCUACUUAUUGUGUAAUUUUGUUAUCAGUUAUAUAAAAAUGAA